UCAAAUGUACCAACCAUUGAAUUUGGGUACGCACAUAACUCGGAAGAAGCCUGUCAAGCAUAAUUAUUAUGGUCAGGAGGACGAAAUAACUGGAUUGAGUGAAGGGAUAGGUUCGAUAAUCUACAACACAGAUGAUCACAUACAGUACUAUCAGGGAAAACUGAUAUGGAAUAAUAUGCAUGGCUAUGGAGAAUACAAGUGGCAGCCAUCAGGAUUCAAAUACGAAGGCCAAUUUUAUGCAAAUACAAAGGAGGGUUACGGACGGUGUUCAUAUCCAUCUGGAGCAUACUUUGAAGGAUUAUACCGAAACGAUUAUAGAUUUGGUCCAGGCAUUUUUACUGAUACAAUGGGCUAUCAAAAUGUUGGUAUUUGGCUGACGUCGAAGCUAAUUCGUUUGUCCAGAACUAUUGAAGAUAAUCACUCCAUACCUCGAUUGGCAGUCACACAGGAAGAUCAAAUCCGAUUAUUGCAAUUCCGAACAAUCAUUCACUUACAAAAAGUAAUAUUUGAUGGUUUAUUGGUAAAUAUUAUCUUUAGGCAUUGUAAGGAACGUUAUUCGCUCACAGGAUGA